UUAAUAAUAAUAAAUAUAUAGAAUGUAACAUCUCAGAUAUUUGAACAUAACCUCCGCAAUGAUGUCCGAGGUUGAUGUUUUUGUCAGUAAUUAUACUCUCGUCGAUCCUGAAAUUUAUCAACUUUGGGUUGAUGGGCACUCUUCCAGCGAUGCAGUUAUCACCUUACAACAACGUGGUAUUUGUAUACAAACUAAUGCUCCUCUAGAUUUAGUUGCUUCCGAUGUCCUUGAUCAUUAUCGUACAUAUGCUUUGUUGGAAAAGUUACUUCAUACUCCUACAAAACUUGCAACAGAACAACUGGCAUUUCAAAUAGAACCUCAAACUAGUCAAAUGCUCAUUGAAAUGUAUUAUGAAUUUGAUGAUAUUGUUGUUCGAGAACUAUUAGGUAAAAAGUUAACAUCAAAAAGUAGAAAAGAUAUGGAUGAAGUAUCUGAAAAGACUGGAGUUACCUUAAAAAGCUGUCGUAGACAGUAUGAUAAUGUCAAAAGAGUUUUCAAAGUCGUUGAAGAUUUACCUGGCUCUCUGGUUGCUAACAUCAAACAACAUUUUUUACUUUCUGAAGAUCUUGCUAAACGUUAUGCAGCAGUAGUAUUCAUAGCUUGUCUUAGAUUUGAAAUGAAUAAAAGGAAAUUGCAAUUUCUAACAUUUCCCGAUUUGUAUCAUUGUGCUAAUAGUAUGAUGGCAGCAUGGACUUAUCGAUGUGUUGGAUCAGAAUAUUUUGAUACAGAUCUUGACAGAGAAUUCUUGGUAGAACUUGCAGAAUGUAGAGUAUUAUUAGAAAAUGAUAAACAUCAUAAACAUUUAGUGUGUAUCAAACUUAAACCAAUGUUACUUGAACGUUCAUACCAAGAGCUUGAUACAAAUUUCCGUUCUUAUUCAAGAGCUAUCUUAGGAAUAGGCUGUAAUCUACAUAGAUCUAGAGAAUUAAGAUUUUUUUUUUUAGAAUUGGUUGAAAGAUGUAUAGAGCCAUGGAAACAAGUCAGUUGGUCACAUACCGAUCUUAGAAAUUUCUUAUCUGUGUAUAUGCAAUGUGCAUUGGAUAUGGAUGUGUUAAGAGAAAUUGAAAUUAGAGAUGCAUUUGAACGUUAUAUGACAGUUGUAACAUGUUGCUUAUUACGUAUGUAUCACACAUGACCACUAACAACCAACACAGAUAUAACAAACAAAAUAAAUGUGAUAAAUAUUUAAACAUAUAAAAAAUACAAAAGCGAAAGACAAAUUAGUAAUAUGUAUAUAAUAAUUUAUUACUCCUUUGUAAUAAAUAAGCAAAUGCAGCAUGUUAA